UGGUGCUCAGAAACCCUUUCGCUUCAUGCGAGGCAGUAUAUUUUGCGCUUGUGAGUCUUCUCGGUCAGUUUGUUGAGGUAGUUCUUUCUCGGCGUCGGUUAGAUCAAAAAGGAUUGCCCCCUCAAUAUUCAAAGACGGGGGAGAGCCUUGAUCGGUAGCCGUUUGCCGGAAAAAAAAACAAACAAAAAAAAACAAACAAACAAAAAACCCACGAAAAACCAAAACAAUACCGAAGAAGCAACUGAAAUCAAAAAUCAAUCCGUCUUUGAUAUCCUGUUCAUCUCGCAUGUGAGCGUGUGGUGUAGGCGUAUGACAACAUUUUUGCCCUAACCCUCUUCCAGUCUCCUCAUCUAUUAAAUUUCAGCCACUCAUCGUAUUUGAACGGGCAACGUUAAACGCCUGGUUACUUGUGCUAAAAAAAAAAAGACGCAAACCAAAGUGGCACAAACGAAGAAUGGAUAACUGGCGUCUGUAUCUCAUUCUCGUCGGAUGUCUCGUCUUGGGGUGUGUUUCCACAUCGUCUAUAGAAAAAAAAGAAUGCAAUGGAAUUGAGGAGCCCAACAAGUUAAUAUUGUGCUACGCCAAUGGCUCCAUAUCGCUCCCAACGCAUGUAGAUGUGUGUCGUUGCUCCCAUCUAGUCGUGCCGUUCGCCGUAAAUACCCUAAUCAACGCUAGCAUCACGUUAGACGAAGAAUUAGUUGCGUUCUUGAAAGCUAGUGGCUCUCGAAAUGGCGGCCGAUUGCGUCGCGUACUUUCGCUAACCAUGUCAACGGGAGAUUUUGCGCCGAUCUCUUCCGCUCAGUCGAUUGCCACUAGCCUAGCAGGAAUGAUUGACGACCUACUCAUCGAAGGCGUAGAAAUCCAUUGGCAGCAGCCUAGCAUCGACGAGAAUUCAAAGAAAGACAAAGCGAACCUCGUUCUUUUCAUGAAGGAAUUGCAUGCGGUUCUUCAGGAAAAAAUUAUCGUCACCAGCAACCCGGAUGCCACUAGCGACAUGAACAGUACAAGCGCAGGAGAGAAUGGUGCGAUUGAGGCGACCCGGCCGUUGAUUCUUCUGCGUCUACCGACUGCACCAGAAUUUUUGGUCAAGGCCUUCGAUUUGAAGCCUUUGGCAAGAACUGUCGACUUAUUCGUCGUAGCUACUCACGACAUGGCAGACGCGAACAAUGUGACCUAUCAUCACAGCCGCCUGAUGGGACUCUCCGAUAUCUUGAACACGGACUCUGUAUUGGAUUUGGUGGCAAGCCUCGGCGUAUCAUCUGAUCGAGUGGUGGCGGCUAUUCCAACCUUUGCCGUCCAGUUUCGUCUGAGAGACGUACACCAAAAUCUACCGGGAUCUCCCAUUGUCGGAGACCCUCUUCGUAUUAACAAGGAACAGCUGUGUUCAUUGCUGAACAAAGGAAAUUGGACCGUCGAGAGAGACGAUGAUCUAACAGGUACGUAUGCCUACUCUGAGGAAGGGGAUUGGAUCGCUUUCGAUGACGAAAUAGCUGCCCAGAUUAAGGCCAAAUAUUUUCUUCUGCGUGAUGUUGCCGGUGUGGCGAUGAUGCCAGCCAACAUGGACGACAAGUUGACACACGGCUGCAACGCCAACGUGACAGAGCCAUCAAUCGUCCAAAUCUACUACGAACAGUUCCAUUACCAAGAAUCCGGUGAACGGACAAGGCGCCAAUUGGCUACCAGUCUCCAGGAGGACGUCUCUUCCACUGCGGCAGCGUUAUCCAGCCCACUGUACAACGAGCGUGUCAAGGCCUCACCAUACCGCAUCGUUCGGAUAGUCAGCCGUUCGGGAGAGUCAAGCGUCAUUCGCCAACCGUUGGAGAGCAACCUGCAGUGCUCGCGCCAGGGCUACUAUCGCCAUCCAGAGGAUUGCGGCCGUUUUUAUCGUUGCGUUAAAUUUGAUCAGUACGUCGAUGACUUUACGGUGUUCGAAUACGAUUGUCCAGAAGGACUAGUAUUCGACGAGAGGUACGAAGUCUGCACAUGGCCCUCGCAAGCAGCACCUUGUGGAGGUUCCAGCGAAAUUCGACCCGUCCCCAUGAACAAGUUCGUCUGUCCAGGGGAAGGCUACUUUGCCGAUCCCGAGAACUGUCGCUGGUUCUUCGCAUGCCGCGACUACGCCAAAGAUGGCUCUCCAUUCACCCAGUACGAGUUCCGCUGUCCCUUUGGUCUUCUUUUCGACGAACAGAAUUUGAUUUGCAACUGGCCAUGGCUCGUGCCGCAGUGUUCAGGUGCCGGUACAGUCGGUGCCAUCGGAAGUACCAGCAAUAUCGACGUUGUCAAGUCGAAGCCACAGCUAGAGAAGAAACAACCGGCUGGUAUCGCCAUUGGAAGCCCUGGUUAUCUUAGCGGCAAAUUGGUUACCGGCGAAGAUCUCUACAAGGAUCCACGACCGACGCAGUACAUGGAAAUCGUUGCUUCAACAGGUUGCAUUGACUGUCAGUCGGCCGGACUAGUCGUCCGAGACCCAUCAGAUGACACUUACCCAGGAUCGCCAAACGCAAAACAGACCAAAUUUGUACUUGCUAUUCCUGCCGCAACAAUUGCUGAUCAAACUACCCCUGUCCGUAUCAUCGUCGCUUCACCGGCUUCUUCUGAGCUACAGUACCCCGUGAGCACGACGCCAUUGUCUUACGUACAAAAAUACCCAUCAGCCACCACACCCGUAUAUGAUACGGCUUACGGGCUCAGCUCACGUGGUCCGUCUGGCUCCCAUGGAUCACCUGCCAAUCAGCGGACUAGCCAAUCUACGGGUUCUUCCCAAACAUCUGCGUCCUCAGAUAUGUCUGUGCCUAACUCACCUGGAUAUCGUGGAAACGAGCAAACACCAGGCUAUCCCCGUGGCCCUACGUCAGUUAGCGCUAGCGCAACUGCUGAACUACAAGGGUCAUAUGGGAAAGGCGUAUUAGAUAUUUAUCGCAGUGAAACUAGGUCUAAAGACAAUGCCCUUCCGUCUGCCUACUCUGAUCCAUCUAGCAAAUAUACUGCACCCAUCCAGGGAUCCGGUGUUUCUUCGCCCCAAACUCAGCAUGCUACCGUUGGAUACAACACUGGCGCUGGACUCACUGGUGCUUCUAGUUACCCAGUCCAAACAGGCAAAGAUGGUGUAGAAGGAACGGAAGGAUCUCCAGUGUAUCCUAGUGGUCUAGGUUCAGAAGGCGCACGCGGACAAUAUGACGGUUAUUCCGAUGUUUCUGGUGUUGGGCAUGUUGGAUUGGUCAAAACUGCAGGAUCCACUUCUUCGUACCAAGCCACGGCACACGAAGCGUCUAAAGACAAUUCACGGUAUUCGGAAUACCCAGACGGCGCACCGGUCUACCAAGCUCCCACUACAGGAGCGUCGUAUCUGUCCUAUACACCAGAAAAGUCGCAAUACCAAGCUCCUGUUUUGGAUCAAAAGAGACCAUAUUCUACCUAUUCAGUCCCUGUUUCUACCGCAAACCUUUCCGGAAAUUUCAAUGAAGCUCCUGCUUCAGUCAUCAAAACUGUUGUUGGAGCCUAUAAAGACUCGGCUUCCCAUUAUGAAGCUCCUGCCCCGGCCUACAAAGCUCCUGCCCCUGCCUAUGAAGCUCCUUCUCCAGCCUAUGUAGCUCCUUCGCCAGCCUACAAAGCUGUUGCUCCCGCCUACAAAGCUUAUACCCCUACCUAUGAAGCUCCUGCCCCUGCCUAUGAAGCUCCUUCUCCAGCCUACAAAACUCCUUCUCCCGCCUACAAAACUCCUGGCCCCAUCUACCAAGCUCCUGCACCUGCCUAUGAAGCUCCUGCCCCUGCCUAUGAAGCUCCUUCUCCUGCCUACAAAACUCCUUCUCCCGCCUACAAAACUCCUGCUCCCAUCUACCAAGCUCCUGCACCUGCCUAUGAAGCUCCUGCCCCUGCCUAUGAAGCUCCUUCUCCUGCCUACAAAGUUUCUUCUCCCGCCUACAAAACUCCUGCCCCCGUCUACCAAGCUCCUGCACCUGCCUAUAAAGCUCCUGCACCUGCCUAUAAAGCUCCUGCACCUGCCUAUAAAGCUCCUGCCUAUGAAGCUCCUUCUCCCGUCUACAAAGCUCCUUCCCCUGUCUACCAAGCCCCUGCCCCUGCCUAUGAAAAUCCUGCCCCUGCCUAUGAAGCUCCUGCCCCUGCCUAUGAAGCUCCUGCCCCUGCCUAUGAAGCUCCUGCCCCUGCCUAUGAAGCUCCUUCUCCAGCCUACAAAACUCCUUCUCCCACCUACAAAACUCCUGGCCCCAUCUACCAAGCUCCUGCCCCUGCCUAUGAAGCUCCUGCCCCUGCCUAUGAAGCUUCUUCUCCCACCUACAAAGCUACUGUUCCCGUCUACCAACCGACUGUUUCUGCCUAUGAAGUGGCUGCUCCUUCCUAUGAAAUUUCUACUCCCGCCUACAAAGCUCCUUCUUCUGCCUUCAAAACUCCUGCUCCCGUCUACCAAGCUCCUGCUCCUGCCUAUGAAGCUGGCGUACGUGUUCAGGAGACCGGUGCUGCUGUCGAAAAAACAUCUAUCCAAUCCUAUCCAGCAACGUCCACAAUGCCACCUGGACAAGUUUCCGAAGCUGCUGACCCUAGCUACAAACCUCUGGUAUCCGGCCAUAAAACCACGGCGUCCAUCCACAAAACCUCUUUCCCGAUUUACGAGGAAUCUUCUUCCGUCUACAAAGCAUCGGUAACAGUGGACAAAGUUUCUCCUCCCGUCUACAUAGGCCCUACCACCACUUACACAGCUCCAUUCACCGGCACCGACACAUCCACCACCGUUGUCCACGACGAAAAGACGUUUGUCGAUAAAGCUACGCCUUCAACAUACGAAACACCCGCUGCCACCGUCAAGGCCGACACUCGGUCCCCUUACAGCGUGGCAGCGCCGAUCUACAAAGAAUCUACUUCAGCUGAAUUGAACAAACCCUACGGUUCGCCUACCACUCGUCCAUCAGGGCCUUCUGCUUACGAUUUCCAUGAAGCUGAUGCCAAGAGUCAAAAUGGAUAUUCCUCGACAUUGACUGUUCCUUACAUUCAAGGGGAAGAGACAGGAGAUGGGCAGAGGCCAUCCUAUCCAGCUAACAGUGUAGCUAAGAACCACGCCAAUGGGUAUGAUCACAAACAAAAUUCAGCGGCAGUCCCUGUUCAUGGAUACAAAGAACCAACCGGUGGACAGACUGUUUCCGGAGCAGGUGUUGGCGCACAGCAGGGCAAGACGAAUGAAGCGACUUUGAGCCCUUCGUCGUACACUUCCAAAGCUGUACCUAGUAAAACACAACAAGUCAAUCGAGAUUACAGAAUUGGUGACGUGAAAAGCGGAACAAGAGCCGGCACUUCAUCUUAUUCUUCGGGAGUGACGUCAUCUGUACAACAAAAAGGCAGAGAAAAAAGCCAAGCCAUAUUGGUUAAAGACACGGAAUGGGAUAUAGAAGAUCUCUUCCGUCGAGGUUCUCCAAGUGAAAAAACGACAAAAGCGCCCAGCAGACGACCAGAUUCAUCACUUACUAAUGUCAUGCGUGACGCAAAACAACCCAUGCAGGCAUAUCAAGAAACGGGCAAGGUUAGUGGAUCUCGGCGUACUGGAUCUGCUGGUGAAACGAGAGGGACAGGUGGAGCUGACGGAACAAGUGGAACAGGUGGAAACGGUGGAGCGCGAGGGUCAGGAGGCGUCGAUGAAACUCGGCGAGUAGUCAUUGGAAGUAGAACACCAGGCUCCGGAGGAUACAGGGCAGCCAGCGGGCUCCGUGAUAUGACACACGGAGCUCCUGCUGCAGUGAGUGCGACAGCAUACAGUACAGCAGGAUAUAGCACAGCGCGGGACGGUCCAAACGGCGGAGUAUACGGAAAAAGUAACCAAAAUACUAAUUCACCCGCUUCCAGGUAUCAGGAUGAUGACGAGACGUCCGAUCAGCUUGAAGAUCAUACGUUCGGGUUGAAAGAAGAUACCAAAACAAAAAAUAAAUACAAUGCUUCUCAACUAGCCGCGAGCCAAUCCCGCCCUGCAAGUGCGAGGCCAAAAGCUGACGCAGAUCCGAACAGAAGAGUUUCGAAUGGCAAGAUUUCUUACGGUGGCAGUCGCGUCGCAAACGGAAACGAAUAUGCCAGUAGUAAGCAACAAGAUGUUUCAGAUGCGAUUGGUCGUGUUCGAUACCAAGGUUCAGACCGCGGUCAUGCCGAACAACGGAAGGCAGAAUCGAUAACGGGGGUUGAUUCUCAAACACGCCAAUCCAAAUCAGACGCAGCGACAUCACCCCCUGCUUCUGUUUACCACGACAAAGUGUCCCCACUUCCAACUAAAGAUGAAGCCUACACACCUUACGGCGACAAAAGAGUCACGGUUAAAGUCCCAUCUACCAACAAAGCAGCUAUUUUAGAAAAAUGGACCACUGCCUCUUUGUCCGCUAUUAACACUAAACCAAACAGCGUUGAAGUCAACCGUCUGGCUGUUGGUGGCGAGUCUUCUUUGCAUACAACACCAGCUAAACCGCAACCUUCCGUCAAGGAUUUGAAAUUAAAUAAUAAGCAAUGGAUCAAGAACAGAGUCAAUGCUAAGCCGGAAAAUCAAGGCCUCACUGCUCAAUCCAAUGUCGAAACAUCGGCAACUACUGCAAUCCCGUCGUCUUCUUGGAAGAAAAAUUCCAAUGAUGGCUUAGAGGGUAUCACCGGGACGGAGUAUGGUCACAGGUAUUUGGAAAAGAUUACAGUUGCCCAAGCGACGGCAAGAAACGAAACACUGGGAUCGGAGGUAUGUGUUCGAGCCGGUCUCUUCCGUCAUCCAUCUGAUUGUCAAAAGUUUUACGAAUGUUACUGGGAUCGUUGGAUUCAUCAGUAUACGGUACAUAUAUUCAAAUGCCCUGUUCACCUUGUAUACGACGACUAUAUAACAGCCUGCAACUGGCCGUUGGACGGUCCCGCUUGCGUUCCUCACGAAGCUGUUAAGCUCUAUCCCCAGCUGCCAUCAGCUGCCUGAAAUUUAAGACACUCCGUUUAUUGCUGACCUACCGGCAGCAUUCUCAAUAUUGGGGAACACUCCAGGGCUAAUUUUUCUUUAAGAUUUGCAAUUGGAUUCUAUACUUACGUACGUAGAUUUACACAUAAACUCUCGGGUGUGAAAUAAUCUGAGAUUCCUUUUCUAGAACUAUUGGCUUUAUUUGAUUGAAAAUCGUAUGAAUCUCAAGAGAUGGUCGUCGAUUUGUGGUGAAUUUCAGAUGAAAUGUACCAAUAGUAAUCGCACCACAUUGCUUUCAAAAAUCCUACUUUUUGCACCUAAACAAAAUUAUUUAUUUGCAUCCCUAGUUUUAUAAUUCACAUAUCCUUGAUAAUUGCCGAGAAACAUACAGUCGCUUGGAAACUUACCUAGAUCCCACUCUAUAGCAUUUUUACGAAUUAAGGGGUUGUCAGUUUCAUGUACGACACUUGCGUACAUUUACUAUAAAUUUGUGUGCAUUUAUUCUGCCUCUUGAUUUGGAUCUUGGUAUUUGAGUAAGUAAUUUAGCUAGCUUUUCAUUGUUCAUGAACAGGUUAUAUAUGAAAAUGACAUAAGAAUUUUCCCAGGGCCAUUUACUAAAUGCUCAUGCACGUCAAAAAGUUUUAAAACAUGCCUGAGAUCUACUUCCUCAUUCCGGCUUUGGAACGGAAGACAAUGAAGAAAUCUCUACUAUUAUUUAUUUCAACAGAACAGUGUGAGAGUUUUUUUACCUGGUAAAAUCUUUGUGGGUAUUGUAUAUACAUAAAGCUUAUUCUAUAAUACACCAGUUUCGGGCAUCAA